AUGAUUAACCAUGUGUCACGUUGUCACGUGAUGUCGUGGUGUCAGUACAUGCUGUCAACCUAUCCCGGAGCUCAUUUGGAAAUCAUGUUUGCCUGCGCGAUAAAGAAACUACCCGAAGAGGUCAAGGUAUUAGUAGACGAGAUCCUCAACAGGAUACCGGGCCUCAAGCUUCGUGAACUGGUGGAUAUCAUGUGCAAGACAAACAGGCAGUCCGGAUCAGCCAUGUACGAAGAGUUCCUGAGUCAACUUGAGGAGAGAGAACGGGAGCUCACCCGUACAGCGGUAAACAGCUGCCUGGCGACCGCAAACAAAGAACUCGGCUACGCCUAA